CCUCCUGCUCGGGUGAUCGACUUCUUCGACACGUGUUAGUCGCAGUGUGUUAUAAUUAAUUGUCAGCGAAAAGGCAUGCGUGAAAAAAUAUUGAGUCGUGUUAUUUAAUUUAAUAUUCGGAGAGUGAGAAAAGAAGUGACACAAAAAUGGGUAAAAAGGCCAAAAUUGGAAAACAGCGCAAAGAUCGCUUUUAUAAGUUGGCCAAAGAAACAGGCUACAGAUCUCGUGCUGCCUUCAAAUUGAUCCAGCUGAAUCGUAAAUUUGAGUUUCUUCAAAAAUCGCGAGUAUGCAUCGAUCUUUGUGCAGCCCCAGGAGGUUGGAUGCAGGUAGCGCACGAGAACAUGCCCGCGUCGUCUAUCGUCAUUGGCGUGGACUUGUACCCCAUCAAGCCUGUACCUGGUUGCCUCAGCGUCAUAGGCGACAUCAGGACAGACAAGUGUCGAACGGAUCUCAGUAGGGAGCUGAAAACCUGGAAAGCUGACUUGGUGUUGAACGAUGGUGCACCUAACGUUGGACAGAACUGGUUGCAUGAUGCUUUCCAGCAGUCCACCCUGACUCUUUCUGCUCUUAAAUUGGCCACGCAAUUUUUAAGAAAGGGAGGAUGGUUUAUCACCAAGGUUUUCAGAUCCAAGGAUUAUAUGGCAUUGCUUCACGUGAUGAAGGAGCUAUUCAAAAAGGUUCAUGCUACCAAACCCCAAGCUUCCCGUGACGAAUCUGCUGAGAUUUUUGUGGUCUGCCAAGGCUACCUUGCACCAGCUAAGCCUGAUCCAAAGUUAUUGGACCCAAAGCAUGUAUUUGCCGAACUUGAUUUGGAGCCUAAGCAUAAAGUCAAUAUUUUCAAUCCUGACAAACAGAAAAAGGCAAAGGCAGAAGGCUAUCCAGAAAAUGAUUAUACCUUAUAUCACAAAGUGUCUGUCAAAGAUUUUAUUAACGCCGAAAAUAAGGGUAUAGCGAUAUUGGAGCAUGCCUCAGAAAUUGUGAUAGAUGAUGAGCAAAUUUUGAAUCAUAAUGAAACGACUCGUGAAAUCAAAGAGUGCUGUAAAGACAUUAAAGUCUUGGGUAAAAAGGAUUUCCGUUUGUUGAUAAAUUGGCAGAAAAGUAUGAAAAAAUUAUUUGGUGAAAAAGAACCAGAGAAGCCAACAGUAGAAGCUGAACCAGAUGAGACAAAAAAAGACCUCACAAUAGAAGAGUUGGAGGACAUGGAGGAUGAAACAAUAAGAGAAGAAAUUCAAAAACUGAAAAAGGAGGAAGACAGGGACUUGAAGAGAAAGAAGAAAAAGGAAAAUAAACAAAAAUCUAAAUUACAGCAGAAAAUGAACAUGAACAUGGUCAUUAAAGGGGAUGAAGGUCCAAGAGAAGAAGAUCUCGAUAUGUUUUCUCUAAAACAGAUAAAAUCACGUGAUCAACUCAAAAAAGUCACUGAUCAGAGUCCAGAUGUUCUUGCUGAAAGUGACGAAGAAGAUGAUGUGGAAAAACCUAAAAUAGUAAGAUAUGAGAAGGAUGUCAGUCAUUUGGACAGCUCAGGCUUGUUUUACAAAGAUGAUGAGAGUGAGUUAGAAUUUUCUGAAGAUGAGUCUGAUGAUGACAAAUCUGUGAAAUCAGACUUGGGUCUUAGUGACUCUGAAAAUGAUGAAUCACUUGACAAGCUUCCAAAGAAAGUUAGGUUUGCUAUGGACGAGAAGAUUGACGAUGAUGAGGAAGAGGAGGAGCAAAAUCCUCUUAUCACAGAGUUGGAUAGUACAGACAAAAAAACAAAGAAAGAAUUAAGAGCGGCGUUGUGGUUUGAUAAAGAUAUAUUUAAAGAUAUAGACAAUGAAAUGGAUGAAGAUUUCGACAUAGAUCAAAUGAUUAAAAUGUAUAAGAAGCAAGGAAUUAAAGUGAUUGGAAAAAACGGUGAGGAAGAAAAUGGAGAAGAAGAGAAAAAAGAGGUUACUAGUAAGAAAAGGGAUGAAAUAGAAAUUCAUUCAGAUUCAGAGUGCAAUACUGAUUCUGAUAAUGAUUCGGACUACGACAUGAAUGAAUUCAUGACUCCAGAGGCUGUGACAAAAAAAGUUGUUGAAAAAGUUGGUGGAAAGGAUGGCUUUGAAGUUGUUGUGGAAAACAAGAAAAAAAUUAAAAAGAGAAAAUUAACAGAAGAAGAUUUAGCUCUGGGCACAAUGAUAGCAAACAGCAAAAAAGCUCGCAGAGACAUAAUUGAUGGAGGUUGGAACAGGUACGCAUUUAAUGACGACAAUUUACCUAGCUGGUUCAUCGAAGAUGAAAAACAGCACAUGAAAAAGAACGUACCAGUACCAAAAGAAUACGUGGAUGAUUACAAGAAGCGAGUGGAAGACAUUACUUCCAGGCCUAUCAAAAAGGUAAUGGAGGCCAAAGCAAGGCACAAAAAGCGAGCACUCCGCAAGCUCGCCAAAACGAAGAAAAAGGUGGAGGCUGUUAUAGAUAACGCAGACCUCAGUGGCAGAGAGAAAGCUCAACAGAUCAAAUCCCUCUACAAAAACGCAACAAAGGAACCUAAGAAAGACGUAAAAUACGUUGUAGCAAAGAAGAGCUUAGCUGGUAAGCGUAUGGCCAGGCCAGCAGGUGUCAAAGGACGGUACAAGGUUGUCGAUCCGAGGAUGAAGAAAGAUUUGCGCGCGAGAAAGGCUAAAGAAAAGACAAAGAACCGCGGCAAGAAAGGCCGUAGUAGCAAGCCUCCUGGAGGCAAAGCAAAACCCAAGGGCAAGAAAGCUAGAUAAGCACUGUAACCUUUACAGAUUUUGUCGACAAGAGAGUUAUUGACGUGUUGUUUCGCAACGAAACAAAGGUGUAUAUAAUUUAAU